AUGCAGUCCUCGUCCCAAGCUACCUCGGAACAGCAAUGGCAUGCACCGUCACAUCAUCAGCAUCAUCCAACAGGUGGGAUUCCGGUAGUGGUUCCCCAGCCGCAUCAAAGCCAUCCGUCUUUGUUCAGCAGUACUGGUAGUCAAUAUGCCACGGUCCCUCCCGGUUGGGCGACUGUCAUGGACCCCAAUGAUGGCCGAAUCUACUACUUGGAAACAUCCACUGGCAGAAGAUCUUGGGUUCAUCCUCAUGCUUCAUCUAUGAAUACUGAUUUAGCUGGUAAUACUCCCACUUCAACCAUGAAUUAUCUCCGGAGUAUGUUUCCAAGACAACAUGCCCCAACGAAAUAUGAUGAUACCCUCUUGAACCACCACAAUCCACUGGACACGCCUUUGAAUGCGACCCGUCGACCCGACACGAAUCAGUGCUACGCCGUGGUAUCAUGUAUUCUAUUUCCACCGAUUGGCAUAUUGGCCGUCUACCAUUCGUGCAUGACCGACAAGUGCUGGAAAGAAGGACGGUACUCGGAUGCCAUUGGGCACGCCAGAGAAUCACCCAAGUAUUCCGGAUUAGCCGUUUGCCUGGGGAUUGCCUUUUGGAUUUGGUACAUCUUUUUCAGACGAGAUGGGGGUGCCGAUUGGUUCGAUGGGCUAUUUGACUUUAACUUUGAUUGA